AUGAGUGCUGUUAAAUUCAUCUUUAAUAUGAAUAAAUUGAAAAACCUGUCAAGUUUAAACCCUCGGGGACGAAGAUUUAUUCAUCGAAGCUCAGCAACUUGCACUUCAACAGAUAGCAAUAACGAUAAAUCGCCUCUAGCUGGGAUAAGAGUAUUAGACUUGACAAGAAUAAUCGCUGGUCCUUACUGCACCAUGAUACUGGGUGAUCUAGGAGCUGAAAUACUGAAAAUAGAGAAACCAGGAACUGGAGAUGAGUGUAGAAAUUGGGGCCCGCCUUUUUUAUCCGGCACUAAACAUGCGACGUAUUUUCUGAGCGUGAAUAGAAAUAAGAAGAGUGUUUGUAUUGAUUUUAAAAAAGGCCGUGAUAUUAUUUAUGAGCUAGCUAAAAAAUCAGAUGUAUUAAUUGAAAAUUUUGUGCCAGGAAAACUCUCAAAAAUGGGUCUGGGGUAUGAAGAUUUGAAGAAAGCAGCCCCACAAUUAAUUUACUGUUCAUUGACUGGAUAUGGAUACGAAGGACCUUAUGCUCAGAGACCGGGUUACGACGUAAUUGCAGCAUCGGUGGGUGGUCUUAUGCAUAUAACUGGACCCAAAGACGGUGACCCUUGUAAAGUAGGUAUUGCUAUUACUGAUGUAGCUACUGGUUUGUAUGCUCAUGGUGCUAUAAUGGCUGCGUUAUAUCAAAGAACGCGGAACAACCAAGGUCAGUGGAUUCAGUGCAAUCUACUGUCUACUCAAGUUGCUUGUCUGAUCAAUGUGGCUUCCAAUUACUUAAACGCUGGUAAAGAAGCCACACGGUGGGGCUCUGAGCAUGAGAGUCUUGUUCCUUACGAAGCAUUUCCUACAAGUGAUGGAUUUAUGACUGUCUGCACUGGAAGUGAUGCUCAGUUUAAGGCACUUGUCGACAUUCUUGAGUUACCAGAACUUGCUAAUGAUGAAAGAUUUAUUAAUAACACAGCUAGAGUUAUUAAUCGUGUUGAAUUACUCAAGAUAUUAAGAAAUAAAUUUAAGAUUAAAAGUAAUAAAGAGUGGGCGGAAAUAUUAGAAGGAGCUCCAUUCCCUUACGGGCCAAUUAAUUCUAUACAAGAGGUAUUUGAUGAUCCACAUAUUAAGGCUAUUAAAAUGGUCAAAGAGCUGGAGCACGAUCAAAUGGGUAAAGUUAAAGUUGUUGGACCAGCUGUUAAAUUUAGUUAUGGUGAAAAUCAAGUUAGAUCACCGCCACCAACUCUAGGUCAACACACUCGUCAAGUACUCAAACAAUUGCUAAAUUACUCUGAUCAAACAAUCGAUAGUUUAAUUAAGAAUAAGAUUGAUGUACCAACAAUAAGUUUGUGUCUGCGUAAACCAAGAUCAAAUAAAAAAGUUCAAUGGACUUCUAGCACAGUAGAUAAUGAGAAUAUGAAUAAAAAGAAAUCUAAGUGCUGUUGUAUUUAUGAAAAACCUAAGCAAUUUGGAGAAAGUAGCUCAGACGAAAGUGAUGAUGAGUGCGAGCAUUGUCAUGGUCGUAAAGAAGUUCAUAAAAAAGGACUACCAGGUACUGCCGCUUCACCUCAUGACAAUUUACCUCAACCAGAAUCAAUAGUAGGAUCCACCUGA